AUGGAAGGGCUCCUUGCAGGCCGUAACGCCCACAGUGUCUUGCAGAUGAACCGCCCCAUCCAGGUGAAGCCGGCGGACAGCGAGGGCCGAGGGGAAAAUCGCGUGCCACUGGUGCUGCGCGCGCCCAUGGGCUCGCUUGGGCUUGCAGAAGACCGCAAGCUCUUUGUGGGCAUGCUGGGCAAGCAGCAGAGCGAGGAGGACGUGCGGCGGCUCUUCGAGCCCUUUGGACACAUCGAGGAGUGCACCAUCCUGAGGGGCCCCGAUGGAGCCAGCAAAGGUGGGGGGGGGACGCCGGGGUUUGGCGGGGCGUCACGGGGCGCCGCAGUGCCCGUGGAGCCGCCUCUCCGCGUGGACACGGGAGGGAGCCCGUGCCCAGCCUGGGGCCUGCGGGUCGGUGGCAGCGCCUCCCUCCUUCCCGCGGGUCCCGAGGGCUGUAACCUGUUUAUUUAUCACCUGCCCCAGGAGUUCGGGGAUGCGGAGCUCACGCAGAUGUUUUUGCCUUUCGGCAAUGUCAUCUCUGCCAAAGUCUUUGUGGACCGUGCCACGAACCAGAGCAAGUGCUUUGGUUUCGUCAGCUUUGACAAUCCGGCCAGCGCCCAGGCGGCCAUCCAGGCCAUGAACGGCUUCCAGAUCGGCAUGAAGCGGCUAAAAGUGCAGCUCAAGCGGCCUAAGGACGCCAACAGACCCUACUGACCCCCGCCCGCCCCAGCGCGGC